GCGGUGGUGUGAGCUGUGAGCCGGCGUGACGCUGUGCCUGCCUGGGUAUCGGGCAGCGGAGGGAGGCUUAAAGAGACAACAGCAAAAUCAUAGCAACUUGAGAGGCUAGAGAAACGAAAUGAGAAGGAUACCCACACACCAUGAACCAUGACUUCGAAUGCCUUCUGGUAGCUGACAUGUAAAGAUAUCCAGCUAUCAUCAGACCCAUCAGUUACCGGUCUUUCCUCCAGCUGUUUUCUCUGCCUCUGGGUUGCCUUGUCUGCUGUGGCCCUGCAUCAUGGAGAGCGUCCACUGUGUCACUGAAGGCUGACCAGAAGGAAUGAGGCACUCUAGGAGAUGUUCCCAAGUGUCCUUGUGGAUGCAGUAGCUGGGUUUCGGAGUGCUUUUUUAUGACUAGAAUUGUAUGUGCAUCUGUGGGCACAUCCUAGGACAACCUGCCUAUUCUUCAGGCAGGGACAUGCUACUCUGAGACUGGAGCUGGAGAAACACACAAGGAAGGAACCCCUCUGCUAAACAAGGAACCCAAAGAAAAAAGGGAAGCACUCAGCAGAAGACCCGACUGAUAGACACUUCAGCUCAUUGAAGUGUCCUCUGAAUCAUUGCACAUUUUAACAGCAACACCUUUCCUCUGUCCUGUGAGAGUUUGUCUCCCUCCCCCUCCCUAAAGCGUCCUCUGUCGUUGUUAUUGGAGUUUCUAUGGUUUGCAUGGCUGGAGAAUAACCGUGGAGAGGCCAGGGUAUCACAAGCUUAUGGAUUUUGAAAAGAGAGGGGGCAAGGGAGAGACAGAGGAAGGGAAAAAGAUGUCUAAGACAACAGGCAGCAGGACUGGACAUGGGGGCCGAAGUUCAGGGACCAAUUCUGGAGUUCUUAUGGUUGGCCCGAACUUCCGUGUGGGUAAAAAAAUCGGCUGCGGGAACUUUGGAGAGCUGCGGUUGGGAAAAAAUCUCUAUACUAACGAAUAUGUCGCCAUCAAAUUGGAACCUAUAAAGUCCAGGGCGCCGCAGCUCCACUUGGAGUAUAGAUUUUACAAACAGUUGGGAAAUUCAGAGGGAAUACCUCAGGUGUACUACUUUGGUCCUUGCGGGAAAUACAACGCCAUGGUGCUGGAGCUGCUCGGGCCCAGUCUAGAGGACCUGUUCGACCUCUGUGACAGAACCUUCUCCCUCAAGACCGUCCUCAUGAUAGCCAUACAGCUGAUUACGCGGAUGGAGUACGUCCACACCAAGAGUCUGAUAUACAGAGACGUGAAGCCAGAGAACUUCCUGGUUGGGCGGCCUGGAAGCAAGAGGCAACACACCAUCCACAUCAUCGACUUUGGUCUGGCCAAAGAGUACAUAGACCCCGAGACCAAAAAACACAUCCCCUACCGGGAGCACAAGAGUCUGACUGGGACGGCGCGCUACAUGAGCAUCAACACACACUUGGGAAAAGAGCAAAGCAGAAGGGAUGAUCUGGAGGCGCUGGGUCACAUGUUCAUGUACUUCCUCCGAGGAAGCCUUCCCUGGCAGGGCCUGAAGGCGGACACUUUGAAGGAGAGGUAUCAGAAAAUCGGGGACACCAAACGAGCGACACCCAUUGAAGUGCUUUGUGAAAGCUUCCCUGAAGAGAUGGCCACCUACCUGCGCUAUGUGAGGAGGCUGGACUUCUUUGAGAAGCCGGAUUAUGACUACUUGAGGAAGCUCUUCACUGAUCUGUUCGACAGGAACAGCUACGUCUUUGACUAUGAAUAUGACUGGGUCGGCAAAUCACUUCCCACACCAAUAGGCCCUAUCCCCGGUGACACGCCCCUGCAGCCCAGCAGCAGAGACAAAGCACAACAGCAGACCAAAAACCAGUCGCCUGAGCCCAAAGGAAGUGAGUCUCAGCCCACUCCAGUGACCAAUAAGGAGACUCUGGGGUCGCACCUCACAGCUGAGCGGCUGGGGGGCUCUGUUCAGGUGAUGAGUUCAACAAAUGGCGAGCUGAACACUGAUGAUCCCACAGCCGGACACUCCAACGCUCCCAUCAACGCUCCCACCGAGGUUGAAGUGGCUGACGAAACCAAGUGCUGUUGUUUCUUCAAAAGGAGAAAGAGGAAAGCCCUCCAGAGGCACAAGUGAAAGAAGAGCACAGAGACAAGUUGAAACAUUGUGGUCACUGUCAAGUUUUAAAUGGAAGCAACUACACAGACUCCCCCUCUGUCCCCUAUCUCUUUCCAGCUUCCCCCUCACCUCUUUAUCCCUCUCACCUUAUUCCCACUAUCACUCUGUACCCCCCCCCCCCCCCCCCCCCCCUCGCGCUGUCUCUUUCUCGUUCUCAGUGCUCCCUGCUACUGGCGAGUUUAAGGAAUGUUGCAGUCCUACUGACUCCACAACAGACUCUUGAUUCCUUUAUCGACGAAAAAUAAACGUACCUGCAUUACAACGGAGGCUUGAGAAAAAGUUUUAAAAAAGGCUGUAACAAUGAAACUCGAAUACCGUGGCUUGAAUAUGAAAAAAAGAUACUGUUUGAAACAGUUGUGUAUUCUAGAUUCCAUAUGAGCGCGUGUUGUCAGCUGUUGAUCAGGGGAACCAUUCGAGUGGUUCACAUGAAAGAAAUCUGCUCCUUUUAGGAUUUUCUUUUCUUUUCUUCCUUUGGUGUGUGUUUUGGGAUCAAGGUAAAGAGGAAAAGGUGAACUAUGCUGAUGUUAAAUCUGAGCGACACAGGAAGCAUUUCAUCUCUAAAACUGAAUUUGGAGGAUUUUUAUGUUUUUCUUUUUUUUGUAAUUGAAUCCUCAGUUUUCAAAAUCAAAUCCCUGCAUUGAAAACUUAUUUUUAUGUUGUAGUGUUCUGGAGUUCCAUUUGUUUUCUUCACUCUGGCUUUCUUUCUGUCUGUCAACGUGGACUUUGUAGCACAGUCACUGGCCUCAGGUACUGUGGGAGAUCGAGAGAAACAGAUAUUAAGCUCUCUUAUUAUUAUUGCACUUUUGGAAAAAAGAAAACAAUUACAGUGGAAAACUUAAGGGUUUGAAAUUAACAAUUAAGAAAAACAACCUAAUAAAGACUGAUCUAGGGAGAGUCCUUCACAACGCUUAUAUCUGAGUUAUGGAAAAAUGUUGUCGAUUUACAUGAAGAAAAAAAAGGAUAUGUCUUUCCAUUUUUAUUUCUUAAAUCAAAAAUAAUUUACCAGGAAAUCAUAGUUUGUGCCUUUUUAAGUAAAAUGUUUAAAGCUCAAUUGAGUGUCCCGCAAUGAGAUUUUAUCUAAUCUGUCCCAAAUGCUCACUGGAUUACUGUGUCUGUGUGUGUUUGUGUGUGUGUGUGUGUGCAAAUGUGGAGGUUUUUGUAAGUUAAUGUUUUUAAUGGCUGUGUGCACACCAUUUGAUCUAACAUAAUAUUAUACAUCCCUUCCCCCUGACAAUGAAAAAUCGACACAUCUGUACAGUUGUGUUGUUGGGUCUGGAAAGAGAUCUUGAUUGUCUGUGUGUGAGUGUGUGCGUGCUGUCUGGUAUGUUUGAACUAUUGUUUCUUUUUGUCAGGAGGUCACAGUCAGACAUGGCCUUAAUGAGGUUUCUUGUUUGUGAGCUACAUCCACAGACUGUAAGUGGCUACAUCGUCUCUGAAGUGAAUGGGCUGCUGUUUGUUUCUGAGCCUGAUAACAAAGGAACCUUUCCAAAAUUCAAAAUGCACUGAACUGUAACAAAAAAACAUUUUCCCUUUUGAGUUCCUUGCUGCUGCUGUAGUUCCUUGUAGAGCUGCAAAUGAGUUGAACAUUCUCACAUUUGAAAACCUUGAACCAUUCAAUGCUUGUAAUUUUUCAACAAAAAAAAAGAAGUUAUUUGACUUAUAGAAUGUUUUUGCAAUCCUUUAUUUUUAAUCGACUAUAAUUGUUGAAGCUCUAGUAACGUGUACCUCUUUGAUCAUUCCUUUUUAGUUUUCAGGCCAAGAUGUAUGUCUGUCUCUGCCUGUGUUCAGGAUUGUUUUAAAUCCCCCCCUGAAGUGUCUAGCCCAUCAGAGAUUGCAACGUUUAAUGCCUUUAGUUAUUUAGAGUACUCAAGCUAUGUUAAUAUUGAACAUGCAUAAAAAUGGGGGACUCGAAACAGAUUAAUACACUACUACUUAUGUAGUAGUAAUAGUAAUUACUUACAUAUUUGACUAUAUAUGAACAGAUUAUUUUUUAAAACAGGUUUAAAU